CGAUAUUAUAGAUGAACCAAUAGUUAGUAAAAUAGCACUUAAAAGCGGAAGUUUAAUAACACGCAAGACAUUUAAAAGUAAUUUACGAGGAGGAACUCCAGCCAGUAAUAAAAAACAGCGAUAUCAGAAAAAGCAGGAGGAAAUACAAGAUGAUGAAAAUGAAAAUAUUAGGCCUGCAGACAUAAAAACUGCAUUUGAUGAAGGAAAUCCUCUUGAAAGUUUUACAUCUAACUUAAGUCUUUCGUCACCAAUUUUACCACCGGAAUUAAUGUGUUACAGAAAAAUGAAUUUAAAGCAGUUAAAUAGUAAUUUCGAGAGCGGCAAAAUAACUUUAAAAUGUAGAAAUCCUGUAGAACAAAACUCGUUGAAACAAGUUGGAAGAAAACUCUUUUCUCCUCUCAAACAAGAGUCUGAUUCAAUGAAAAUCACUGAAAAUGAAAUGAUAUCACCCAUAAAACAAAAUACUAAUGAUCGCAGUGUACCAGCUCAAAAAUGUCAAAAAGUGAAAAAUUCUUUAUUAGAUUUAAAUGAAAAAACAAAGCAAGAAGAGAAUUUCUGCGAGCUUAGCAUGUUUGAUGUUGACGACGCGGACGUUGCUAUGAAGACUUUAAAUGAGAACCAAGGUCAUCUACAGUUAACAGUAAAUAAAGAAGAACGUGUAAUGGAAAAUAUAAGUUGUGAAGAUAAUUGUGAAGAUGAGAUGGAUAUAUGUUAUGUUAGGAGUCCAACUACUCAGCGUGAGAUUAAUAAGGAAUCUGCCAAUGCACUGAAACAUAUGUUUGUUACUGAAAAAAAAGAUGAUUUGUCACAAAGUUUUGAUUCCUUACAAAUAGAUAACUCCAUGAAACUGCUAAAUAAACAAAAGUUUACACCUGAAGAUGAUACUAAAAAAGAUUUUAAAAAUAAUAACAGUUAUAAGCAACAAUUAUUGAAAACAAAAGAGGAGACUGAAACUAAACAAAGAAAAACCAUACAUUUUUCAGAUCAAAUCAGCUUGGAUGAUCAGAUUGAGCCAUUUAGUGAGACGCAAUAUUUAUUAGGAAACUUUUGUGAAAAAUUGCAUUCUCCGAAUCAACUCCAACAGCGGCACACAAUUUUUUUUAAAGAUGGACUGAAUUUAGAGUUUGAAUCAAAUCAAAGAAAUAAUGAGAAAAAUAAUUCGAAAAGAGCAGAAGUAAUGCCAAUGCUAAGUGAAACACAAUACUUACUUGAAGAUAUAAAUGAUAUAGAUACAGAAUUUUCUCCAAUUAACUGUAAACCAAACAAAGUCACCAAAGCAUUGGAAGAGAAAACUAUUUGUUUUACAAAAGAGUCGAAUAUAGAAAUUGGAAAUGAUAAAGAUUCAGUCGUGAAACAUCAUUCUUCAGAUAUAAAAGAAGAAUCAUUUAUAAUGAAUAUUCAGUCUCCCACUGAAUCCAAAGAAAUAUUAGUAAAUAAUAUGAAAGAUAAAUUUAAAAAUAAUUUGAAGAAUACCCCUAAAAGGCAAACAAUGUUUUUUUUGGAAAAUUCCAGUUUAGAUAUGGAAGAUGUUAUAAGUGAUAAUAAAAAAUGUCGGUCAUCUAAAGCUGUAGCCUUUCUUCCCCAUAAAACACAAAUUUUAGAAGAUAGUAUAGAUGAGGCUCAAACCGCAACCCCUCCCAUAGAAGUAUUAAGCUUAUCCAAAAACAAAGUCAAACGUAAGACUAUUAUUUUUGCAGAUGAAGCUAUUGAGAAUACUAAAAAUAUUUUAAAUAAAAGGGAUGAUUAUAUAUUACCAAAAAACUCUAUAAAAUUAAAGAUGCCAAAGGUUUUUUCGAUUGAAACACCACAUAAGUCACUUAUUGAAUUUGAAGAUAUAGAAAAGGAAUGUGCUGAAGAUAUAUCAUACGUAUGCAUGCAACAAGAGGAAUCCAGUAAAAUGGUGCAAUGUAAUAAAAUUAUGACCAAACGACAAACAACUUAUGAAAAUACAGAACUAGAAGUUUCAGGUUUACAACUAAUUAAUAAUUUUGAAGUUACUUCUUUACCUGCUACCAGUCCGGUUGUACUUAAGAAACGCUUUACUGAAUGUAUAACACCCAAUUUUCCAAAUCCUAAAAAACGUCAAACCAUGUUAUUUCAUGACAAUAUGGAUAUUGACGGUGAUACAACAACUGAAAGUAAUACGAUUCCAAAUUCUACUAGAAGAAAUACUGUUGUUUUCAAUAAGGAUAUUUCUAUGAAUGAUGAUGUUCAUAAUAAAAGUGAUGAAAAUAAGAAUACAAAGACUGCAAUUGAAGGUUUAAACAUAACUUCAUUUGAAUUAAAGAGUGAAUCUGACAAAUUAGGUUCUGUAAGCAAGAAAAGCGUGGAAACUCCAUUGCAGAAUGACUGUAAUCAACAAGAGUGUAUUGUGCUGUCUUCUCCUAGUUGGUUGUGUAUAUCAAAUACAACUGAUGCAAAUGCAUCGAAUGAGAGUUUAGUAAAUGAUGAAUUGGUGGAAGAAAUACCAGAAAAAAGCUUAACAUUUGAAGAUGAGACAAUGGGUUGUAAAUCUUUAGACGUCACUAUGGAAAACGUUAUUGCAAAUGAAUCAAACUUCACACCAACAGCAAAAUUAAAGUCACGUAUUCCGAUUCCUGUUAAUAGUGAAGUGAAAAAUAAUUCCAUUGGGUUAACUUCGCUGACUACAAAUUGUGAAAAAACUUACACAAACUCUUCUCUUGCUCCUAUUGAAAUUGCACGAAAAACAAACAUUCAAAGAAAAGACAGUAUAUUUGAGUUAUUAGAAAAUGAUACUAUAUUGCUUGAAGACACUAAAAUGCCAGAAGAUAAUUUAAUAUUGGAAGAGAAUGCUAUCACAAUCACUGAUGUAUCUCAAUACCCAUUAAGGCGUACCAAUAUUGAUAAUAUAACAGUUUGUGAUUCAGAAAUUGUAGAUAAAAUACAUUUGAGUCUUGUAGAUACAUAUCUCGAUGACAUAACAAAUAAUAAAGAGAAUAAGAGCGUAAACACUGAAGACGUAAAAUUAAAAAAUAUUGAUGACAAGAAUUGUGAUUUAGAAAGCAGAAAUAAUCAUGUUUCAAUAAAGAGAAGAUCUGUUUGUCGAAAAUGUAGAAAUUGUCAUGAGACUAUGGUCAGCGAUACAACCACGUUGGCGGUAUCAUUUGAGUUACCCGAAUUUCUUCCCCUGCCAACAAUGGAACGUUUAAAAAAACUAAGGUCCACCAAGCGUCCAACAAUUGAUGAUAUGGUAGAAUAUAAUCGUAGAAUGUCACUUAAUGACUCUUUUGAUAUUGAACAUUUAUCGGCAAUUGAUGUUGAUGUGGAUGAGGAAGAGGAGGCCAACUAUGUGGAUGAAGCAGAUGAAAUAAUCAAAGCAUACGAGAACAAGAUGGAAAGUGCCAGACAGGAGUAUCUUCAACUUAAAGCUGAAAGAUUAAUGAAAGAUCGUCGGUCGUUUGUUGAACGUUUGGAUGAUAAACUAAACGAAAUUGCAAAAGAUUGGAUAUUUAAUUAUCAAAAUCUUAAUUUAUAUCAAUUUAAUCACAAAAAAGUAACAAUUUUUUGCUUGGAGGUAGCAUAUAAUGAAACCAAUUUGAGUCGUGGCAUUGAGAUUGAAUCAAUUAAAGUUAAAGACAAUAAUUUUUGGCCAAAAAAAAAUUGGUUACCUAUAGACUAUGUCAUCAACUUUCAACUAAAGCUGGAACUACCAUAUGAUUUACGCAAUUGGUGCAAGAGUCAUGAGGAAAUGAUCAUAUUAAAUAUGUUGGUAAAAGUCGAUGAUGUGUGUCAAGAUAUUUCAAAAAUGAUUCGGAAAUUGUGGUAUAUUCUUUUUACCCAAAAUGCUAAUCUUAUCAGAGAUGAUAAUAAAAUUUGUGUAGAGAAAAUAUUAAGAAGAGUAGAAGCGUACAAAGUACAAAAGUCUAAAUUUCUUAUAGAAAUUACUAAUCUAAGAAAACUGUGUUUUAGAGAUAUUGUAUAUCCGCCACUACACAUGUUUCAUGAAGAAAUUCAAUCAUUACCUUGCGGAUUGGAUUUUUUGAAUGCAUUUCUUGAGAAUCCUGCUGAAUUUAAACGGACUUAGGAUUUUAAACUUAAAUUUUUGUUAAUUAGUUUGUUUUUUUCUUAUUUUAUUGUUUUAUUUUUACCUAAAAUUGCGUCGAUGUUGUAUAGUCCUUUUGUCAUCUUUAUAGCUUUUGUGCAUCCAUAGCAACAAUUUUGAUUGUUAUUUUUAUUGUAAUUUAAUUGUAAAAGUUAAUUCAUUUUAUCGAUUUGCAUAAAGAAUACAUAAAUUUAAAAUGGAAUAUUGAAAAAUGAAUAAAUUCAAUUCACCAAGCUCCAAUAAUAGUGGAGCUUCUUCCGAAACCAGUGAAUCACAAAGUGUUGAGGAUGCUAAUGCAAGUGCUGGUGUCACAACUGAUGCAAUAAGUACAACUGCAACAAAAUUAA